GAACGCCUGAAGGACCGGAAGGACCUCACAAGGCUACCUAGCGCAGUGCCUGAUGGCCUGGCGCCGCCCGUGGGGGAAGAACCAGGCAGCUCUCUGAUGACAGGAAGUGACAUGAGCUCCAUCUUGCGAAGCCCCGGGGCUCUCCAGCUCACCCUAGCCUUGAUCAAGCCUGAUGCUGUCGCUCACCCCCUGAUUCUGGAGGCUGUUCAUGAGCAGAUCCUGAGCAACAAGUUUCUUAUUGUCCGAAUGAAAGAACUACUAUGGAAAAAGGAAGAUUGCCAGAGAUUUUACCAAGAGCAUGAAGGGCGGUUUUUCUAUCAGCGGCUGGUAGAGUUCAUGGCAAGUGGGCCAAUCCGAGCCUACAUCCUCGCCCACAAAGAUGCCAUCCAGCUCUGGAGAACUCUGAUGGGACCCACCCGUGUGUUUCGAGCACACCAUAUAGCCCCGGAUUCUAUCCGUGGGAGUUUUGGCCUCACGGACACCCGCAACACCACCCACGGCUCAGACUCUGAGGCUUCGGCCAGCAGAGAGAUCGCAGCCUUCUUCCCAGAGUUCAGCGAGGCACGCUGGUAUGAGAAGGAAGAGCCACGGCUGCGCUUGGGUGCAGAGGGAGGCGGGCACUGCGACCCCGAGGCGGGGUGCCCCCGGGGGCCAGCCUGAUGGGGGACCCAUCACUCUCUGAAAAAGCCUUUCUUCGCACACCUCCAAGUGCACAGCGUUCAUCCUUGUAGGACUAGAAAAGCCAAGGAUCUUGGUGCCUGCUCUGCUGGGCACUACCAACCUACCAGAGGGUCUAGCUCCUCACUGCCCAUCCUGGCUACCUCUUCUCUAGAAUGUUCCUGGGGAAGUAAGAAGGAAGAUGAUUCUUCCUUUUGCUCAGAACUAUCCCUUCCUUUUCAAGAGGGAGCUUGCUUCAUGAUCUUGCCUAGAGGAGGCUUUGAAUCUGUGAGCAGUAUUUUGGCCUGUUUGCCUAAUAAACUCAGUGUCCUGAUGAA